AUGAUUCAGAAUUCAGAAGAUCACGCCGGUUCCACUGACCAGCAGCCGCGGCCGGAACCACCGUCUAUCUUGCGCCUAAAGGACGAAUAUGUGGCACCAGAGCACGAAGAAUUGGUUCGACUUACUCUCGCAACUGGUUCUAAUUACCAGUCGCCACCACAAAAGCCACCGCCUCCUCCUCCUCCCCCGGAAUUUCCACCCCAUCCGUCUCUUCUACAACUAAUGCCUCCAUCCUCCUCCUUCGCACGAUCAUCGGAACCACCGCCUCAAUCACAACCCCCGCCGGCGCCACCCAUAUCACAACUCCAUCCGUCUGUUUUACUGCCUUCAUCCUUCUCACAGCCACCGGCAGAUGAAACAUCAGAAGGCCAAGCUCAUCGUCGGCCCAGUGCCAGACGUCCACGUAACUACAAGAAGCCAGGAUGGGAGCCCACCAUAAAGCCACCAUAUCCAUGGGCUUCAAACAUUAGGGCAAAGGUUUUAAGCAUGGAGGAAUUAAUAUCCAAGAAUAUGAUCGUAAUAAGUGGGGAGGUUUAUUGUAAGGAGUGCAAGAAGCAGUUCCAGAUGGAGUACGAUUUGCCAUCCAAGUUCUCUGAAGUUGUUAGCUUCAUAGCUGGGAAUAUGGGAGGCAUGCAUAAUCGAGCACCAGAUGUUUGGUUAAAACCUGAGGGCUUAGACUGUAAGUUGUGUGAUAGAAAAAAGUGUGUUCAACCAGUGAUCCCCUGCAAGAAGAGAAACACGAAUUGGCUUUUUCUGUUUUUGGGGCAAAUGAUUGGAUGUUGCAAUCUCUAUCAUCUCUGGUACUUCUGCAAGCAUAACGACAAACAUAGAACUGCAGCCAAAGAUCGAUUGGUUUAUUCAGCAUAUGCCACUUUGCACUCUCAAUUAGAUCCCAGCAAAGCUUCUGAUCUGUAUAAUAACUAG